CUGGGAGUGAGGGGAGUUUAGAGGGAUAAGGUAUAAGGAUAAAAGUCGAAGUUCGAAGUCGAACUUGAAAUCCGGGAUUUUCGGGAUUGGGAGGUAUGGGCAAGAGGGUAGUCGUCCGAGAGCUGGGGAUAAGGUAUAAGGAUAAAAGUCGAAGUUCGAAGUCGAACUUGAAAUCCGGGAUUUUCGGGAUUGGGAGGUAUGGGCAAGAGGGUAGUCGUCCGAGAGCUGGGAGUGAGGGGAGUUGA